AUGUGCACAAAGCAAAAUUCCAUUUUAUUACACAAAACAAACAAGUCUACUUAGUUACUUCCUUCUUUCUCUCUCUCACACAAAUUCGUGUUAAAAAUAAAAAUGGCAACUUUUCCGGUGAUCAACAUGGAGAAACUCAACGGCGAAGAAAGGCCCGCAACAAUGGCGAAAAUCGAAGAUGCCUGUCAAAACUGGGGUUUCUUUGAGGUGGUUAGUCAUGGGAUUUCUCCAGAGUUUAUGGACAGAGUUGAGAGGCUAACAAAAGAGCACUACACAAAAUGUAUGGAGCAGAGGUUUAAGGAAAUGGUGGCCGCUAAAGGACUUGAGGCCGUACAGUCCGAAAUCAAUGAUUUGGAUUGGGAAAGCACUUUCUUCCUUCGCCAUCUCCCUUUUUCUAACAUCUCUGAAAUCCCUGAUCUUCACCCUGAAUACAGGGAGGUAAUGAAGGAAUUUGCGGCCCAACUCGAGAAACUCGCGGAGCAUCUUCUGGAUCUGCUCUGCGAGAAUCUCGGGCUUGAGAUGGGCUACUUGAAGAAGGUAUUUUAUGGGUCGAAAGGCCCGACUUUCGGCACCAAGGUAAGCAACUACCCGCCGUGCCCGAAGCCCGAUCUCAUCAAGGGCCUUCGGGCCCACACGGAUGCCGGUGGAAUAAUUCUUCUCUUUCAAGACGAUAAGGUGAUAACAAAUGGAAAGUACAAGAGCGUAAUGCACAGGGUGAUUGCUCAGACAGAUGGUACCGGGAGGAUGUCGCUAGCCUCGUUUUACAACCCGGGAAGCGAUGCUGUGAUAUAUCCGGCACCGGCAUUGGUGGAGAAGGCGGAGAAUAACGAGCUUUACCCGAAAUUCGUAUUCGAGGACUAUAUGAAGCUUUAUGCAGGCCUCAAGUUCCAGGCGAAGGAGCCGAGGUUCGAAGCUUUUAAGAACAUGGAUAAGGCGGCUAAUCUUGGACCAAUUGCAACUGCUUAGAUUUUAAUUAUGUGCCUUUAUGGUGCAAAAUGUUUUAACUAGUGGAAGUCUAUUUAAGAGUGUUAUUAAAUUAUGAAUGGUGUGCGAAGAGCAUGUGUUUUGUGUGUGUGUGUGUGUUGAGAGGGUCCAAUGUUGGAGUGUGUUCUUCUUCUUCAUGUCGAUUGACAUGAACUUU